GAAUCAGACACACCAAAUAUUUACCUUUUACAGUAUUUUUUUAAGAUAUUGUGAUGCUCGUUUCUCAGUGGAGAGAUGAGGCUGCAUUUCAGAUAAACUGGUGUGGGAAAACCCUCAGUGUGACUGGGACAGGUCUUGCGAUAGCGCUGUUAACAAAACAAAGAAUAACAGCUUUGUCUCCAUCUGAUAACCAAAAAAAAAUAUCUUAACCUGUAAGCUGCACAGAGUCCUGUAUGUCCUGAAUGUGUUUGUUGCUGUUUUGGAGAAGAUAGAGGCUGAAAAUGCCAACAUUUUGGUGCGACUGUAAAAUCAUAUUUGGUCAUUGAGGCUGAUUGUGGGUUGUGUGGCAUAUUUAUACACACACGUGGGGGGAUGGCCUUAAUAUAACAUGGCUGACAUAUUAAGACGGUCUCAUAUCCUGUUAGUUGGUUUAGGCCACUGUUGGUUUGAUGAUCAACAAGUCAUCCACAGACCACUUGUAUUGGAAAUAACUGCUUAGUUGUCAGACUCGUUGCGUAACGAUGGUGGAUAGCUCACUGGUUUGUGUGGCACAAACUGAGCAUUUGAAGAUGAUGCGAUUGCUGUUCCUGUGUCUGCUGCUGCUGCUGCCAGCCGCUACUGCUGUCUCAGAGGAGGAUGAAGGAUCAGCUGAUGAAGAUGUGGAUGAUGAGGACUUAAUUGAGGGGAAAACAGUGAUACCACAUGGUCGUAGCAACAUUGGUUCUGACUCACUUGCAGGUAAAACUACAGGUACAGAAGAAUCAUCAGAUCACUUCACCUUGAUUGUCAUCGUUGUAGCCGUGACCACAUUGACUCUUUCAGUUGCAACGCUAGUCACUAUAAUGUUAGUCAGACGCCACAUGCACAGUCGGCAGCAAGGGAUCUACUCCGUGCCUACAGAGCAGGACCACAAAGGGGUCUAGUUCCCGGUGGAGGAGCAGUCCUAAAACCACACAAGAGAGGAGCAAUGCACCGGACUUGUGUCAUCUCCUACUCUUUGACUCAGGACAGUUGACACUUCUUUGCACAACAGCUUGCUUCACACCAUUCAAUUCAUUGCUCGCUCCUUAGUCUUAUGAAACAUAUGCAAAAACAUAUGUGUUUUUUUUUUUUCCUGUUGUAUACUUCUGUCUUUGUCCCAGCCAUUUUUACUCCACAUAUACACAAUUUAGCCCAGGACACUUGGAACACAUUCAACCCUUUUAAUUGGAUUCUAUUUGAGGAAUCCAAAUCAAAGCCAGUGAAUAUGGCUUAAAGCUUCUUUUGUUAAAAGGGAUAAUUUAGCACAGCCAGAGCCCCCCUCCCCCCUUUUUUUACCACCUGAAACAAGAAAUUAUUCCUACCAGCUAUGCAGUGAAAUCUGUAUUGCAUUUGAUUCGGUGCGUGCAGAACAGACCUGUCUGUGUGAAAUGGCUGAUGACUGAGACAAACCAUGCUAAUCCACAUGAAGCCAGCCCAGUGCUCACUUCAUUCUCCUAUUCACUUGUCUGACAUCUUCUGUUCCUGGCCCAUUAGGAAUGACAGGAGGCAGUGCAAUAGCAAGAUAAAAACCUGUUCCCCUUCACCUCAACCUCGGUAAAAAAGAAACGAGUGGAAAUGGCCAGUAUGAACGUCGUCUUGUAAGGCAGCAAAUUAAUCGACCGCCAUGAGUGAUGAUGUUUUCUUUUCCUCCUCUCUUUUUCUUUUUGAAAGGCGUUCACUACAGUCUUGCAGAUUGUAAAUAGCUCUCUGAAUGCUGUACAGAGUUAGAUUAAUGCCUCACACACUGGCACAGAGGAGCUGGGGUGAGGGAGGGACAAAAGCUCACAAAUCAAAAUAGAAAUGUUGGGGGGGUGAUUGGGAAAAUACCAACAAUGCCUUUGUUUCAUUCAUACAGCGCAUGAUGACUUCGGUUUUAAUUUUAAAUGGAAAUCAAUUAUGCCUUGUGAAAGAAAGCGUUCUUUCAAAGAACCCAGGACACACUCUUCUCUGGAUUUGUUCUAAUACUGAGAAGAGAACUUUCUGUGACAACGGUCGAAGGGGAGGGGGACACAGUCCUAUUCGACAACAGUAUUUUAUUUCUAGCUUUAUGAGUAGAAUUUAUAAUGGAGUCGUCAACACAGGGAAGGGCUACAUGGGGUUAAACACUGGAUUUGUCAAAGCAAGAUCUCCCUCUGCUCUUCCACUAAAUCUUGCAGCUAAUCUCACCACUGGGGGCAGGGCUUGGCUCCAGUCCAGCCAGAACUGAGAGCGAAAACAGUCGUGCAGUCACGUCUUCAUCGGGGCUGUGCAGAGGCAAAGUGGCGAUUUACUUAACACAUAUUGGCAGAUGUGAUUAUUGUCUGUGCAUAUGUUUUACUGUUUGUAUUUGAGCACUGUGUGUAAGAUAUGUAUUACUUCUCAAAAGCGUAGCAUUGCCCAGUCAGGAUUCAAUAUUUGCCAGCAUUUCAAAGGGAGGACAAAAUUGGACAAAAUUGCAGUACAAAACAUUUCAGCUUUUCUAUGCCUUUAUAGUCUGUGUAUUCUUAUUUACUCAUAUUCACUAUUUCUGUUGGACAAACCAACCACAAUGCACUAAAAACAGUAGCAGAAUAUUCUCUUUGAAUGCCUUUUCCAUAUUGUAGAAAGCAAACAGACUUAGUAUUUGGUCCAGUCGGCUCCAUGUGUUUAAAAACUCUUAUUCCCUAAUGUAAAGUGUCUCUGCUGUGACGCUUCUGAUGUAAAUGUAACAACAUGUAGCUUUUUCUUUUUUCUUUAAAACUGGCUGAUUGUUCAUCUGUCCAGGCAAAAGUACAGCGAGAGCUCAGCACACAAAACACAGACACAUAAAGAUGUCUUCAUCAUCAUCCCUUGGACGACACAUGGGCAGCAUUUAAAAAAGUGUCCAGACUAAGAAAACACAAACAAAUACAGAAAACAAAGUUCAGUUGUGUUUUCUGUAUCUGGCUUUGUUGUCUCACUUGUUCCUCCUGAAAUGCUGCUCAUGUGUUGCCAAAUUGAAAUUUUUUUUUUUUUUUGUUUUUGUUUUUUGGCAUCUCAUUAAGUAGCAGUUUAUUGAGCUCUCAAGGCCACCAUACUGAAGGUCUGACUUAGGGCAAUUUUUUAAAAAAGUAAUAUAUAAUAUAUUGUAUGUAUUUACAAAUUUACUGAGCUAUGGAUUGUGUCUCUUAAUAGACAAAUACUGUAUUUGGCUAAAUCGUCUUUUUAUAUACUUGUUGAGUUUAAGGGGUGAUGUCUUCUCUCCUCUGUUCAUUUAUAAAUUGUAUGUUCAAAGAAAAAAUUUUGGUAUGUGGGAGUCAGUUAUUUGCCGUUUAUAAAAAAUGUAUCUUAUUGUUAUUGCAGCGAAAGAGUUUAGAUUUGGACAUAUGCACUUGUGUAUCCUGUAUGUAUUAUUUGUGCCAAGAACAUUCAAAAUUUAUCAUCAUUUAGUAUAUCCAAACGCGACCUUGUAUCUCGCAAUAAAACAGCUGCAGUGGGGGGAUUGUAUAUCAUGAACAGAUUCUGUCUGCACAGCUGCUGUCGCCUUGAUGUUCUGAUAGCAAUCAGAACAAUGAAUACUGCUGUAUAUUAUGUAGGUAAGCUGAACUCUGAAUUGCGUUGAUUUUAACAUUAAAUCUGAUCU